CCAUGGGCCGCGCUCCUCGCCCACCUCCCAGGGGUUGCCCUGGCAGCAGUCACGUUCACGAAUCCCGACUACUACAUUGAGGCCGGGGCCCCGUUCACAAUCACCUGGACCAACAAUCGUGGCGCCGUGACCAUCACGCUCAUGAACGGGCCCGACGCAGACCUGCAGCCGGUACUGGUAUUAGUCUCGGACUACGAGGGCGAAGCAUACACCUGGACACCGCCGUCGACGUUGCCCACAGACUCGUAUGAGCUGCGGAUUGAAGACUCUGGGAGCGUCGACUACUCGCCCCGGUUCCGUUUC